ACACACAGCCUGGGGAGCAGUGGGGAGCAGCACGCAGCCAGGGGAGAGUGGGAAGAGAGGGGCAGCGUUUCUUUAGCUCCCACCCCAAAAAUCCGUGCCCGGCCUGGACCUGGGACUGCAGAACUUGUCUUUGAUUAGGAGGAAAUUUGGCCGUGCCAGCCUUGGAGGGUGAGGUCUUGCAAUACGCUCAUUCCAGUGUCAUCGCAGGCGGCUGGUGACAGCGGUGACAUCCCGUCCCGUCCCCUUCCCCUUUCGACCCACGCAGCCCCUGGAUGUGGUGGCCGUGCCAGCAACCCGCAGUCCCCUCGUUGGGUGGCAUUUAGUGCGGGAGGAAGGUGGUCGUUCUGGCUCCUGCCAAGCACCGAGUGAGGAUGGAAAAUACAGAGAGUUCUGGUGGUGACAAAGAGGGGUGAGAUGAAUAUGAUGGCCCGCAGGAGAGCCAGCCUAUGGUGCCAGCCGCCACCGCUGACCACCACAUCAGCGAGGACUGAACCUGGACAGAGGAGCUCCUGCUCAGGAAAUCAGGUUUUCUAGCCUGGGAGAAUCAAUAUGUUGGAUCAGAUCCAUCUGCUGGCUGCCGUGACAGUUCUGGGAGUCCUGGAACAAGCCUACUUCUUCCUCCAGGUGAUCUAUGCCAGGCGGAAGUUUGGUGUUUCUCCUCCAAAUGUCUCAGGCCCACCUGAAUUUGAGAGGAUCUUUCGAGCACAGGUGAACUCCUCCGAGUAUUUUCCCAUCUUUGUGGCACUUCUGUGGCAGGCUGGACUCUUCUUCCAUCAAGGUCUGGCUGCAGCCUUGGGUCUGCUCUAUCUCUACUCCCGCUACUGCUACUUUAUGGGAUACAGGGCAUCGUCCUCGGAAAGGCUCGCCCCCAUCUACUUUAGCACUGGGGUUCUCUGGAUCCUUGUGGCAGCGUCAGCCCUGGGCCUCCUGCAUUUCUUCCUCUCUCACUACACGGGGCUGAACAUCCUCCAGCUGCUCGCAGCGUGACGCCCCGUCCCUCAUCCGUGUCCUCACCUCCGUGUCCCGCUGCCUUGCACUCCUUGUAGCGGAUGGCUUGCACCGAGUACAGCCCUUGGUGGCAAAUCCACCCUCAUCUGAACUUUAAACACCUCCCUCCCUGCUGCCCCGUGCUGGCAGGAACCACGGAGCUAUUCCAGAGGUAUUUUUCCCCAUGUGCUCUUUGCGCCAAUUGCUCUGUAUGUGGCAACUCUGUCAUGACCGAUGCCGAAACAAGAACGCCCUGAAAAAAGGAGAAUUUUAGGAAAACAGGACACAGACAAGUGAGCUCAUCUCAGCCCCAGCUUCCCAGCCAGGGCAGAUGCCAAGACGUUCCCAUUCUCCCUGCGGGUACAUCCAGCCCAGGCAUCACUGCGGGGUCAGUGCCAGCUUUCCGGAGCCCACACCUAGGAAAGGCAUUUGUCUGGAACCACCUGUGGGCUGGGGCAGGGCGAGGGGUGAGGGAUAAAGAGGAGCGGCCGUAAACACACCGAUGGCUGUGCUAUGCGACGGUCUGCUCCGAGCAGCUUGCAAGGCAGCAGAGCCAGAGGGAGAGGGAGCGGACUCACAGCCACUGCUGCACAUGUAACUUUGAGUAUCGCUGAGCAACAACGUGCGCGGGAGCUACUGCCAAUAAAAAGGCGCUGAGCUUGCUGUGCUGUGCUCCUUGUGGGGCUGUGUGUGGCACAGGACAAAAGCUGUGUGUUUUGAGC